GAAGCAACGAAAGGACCUACUUAAACACACCGGGAACCGCGCCUCGAGAGUUUUCCCACGAAACCACUAAAGGGAUUUCCUCAAAUUUAUUUUGUAUUCUUCCCUUAGUAGAGUUUGUUUGGAUCUUCCUUUUUUGUUCUUUGGGAACGAUGAUGUUUACCGCUUUCAACACGGAGUGCGAUUCCUCCUCCCGCUGCAGCACUGCUUCCCCGUCCGGGGACAAUGUGGGAUAUUACCCCUCACCAGCGGGAUCUUAUUCCAGCAUGGGAUCUCCCCAAUCCCAGGAUUUCACUGAUCUGACAGCUGCAAGUGCCUCCUUCAUCCCCACCGUCACAGCUAUUUCAUCAAGCCCAACUCUGCAGUGGAUGGUCCAGCCAGUGAUCUCUUCAGUGGCCCCGUCUCACAGAGCUCACCCCUACAGCUCAAGCCCCAGCCCUGCCUAUCCAUCCAUGAAGACUUCAGCAUCCAGGGCUUCCAGCUCUAAGAGGGGCAGAGUGGAUCAGGUUAAUAAUGAGGAGGAAGAAAAAAGAAGAGUUCGCAGAGAAAGAAACAAGCAGGCAGCAGCUAAAUGCCGCAACAGGAGGCGAGAGCUUACAGACACCCUGCAAGCUGAAACGGAUUUGCUGGAGGAUGAGAAAUCAGGCCUGCAGAAUGACAUUGCCAACCUGAUGAAGGAGAAGGAAAGGCUGGAGUUCAUUCUGGCUGCCCACCAACCCAUCUGCAAAAUCCCCUCAGAGCUGGAGAUGGACUUCCCCAUGUCUUCAAUCUCUCCUACCCACCCCUGUCUCACCACCGCUGUGUCCUCCCAUCCAGUGACAUCCAGUAUUACUUCAAGCCAGCCAAUAUUCACUACAGCCUCCAACUCUAUCUUCUCCAGCAGCAGCUCUGCCCUCUCCACUGCCACCGUCUCCAGUAGCACAGUUAAGAUGACAGACCUGGAGUCUUCCAUCCUGGAGGAGUCCCUGGACCUGUUGGCAAAGGCAGAAAUGAAGACAGCGCAGUCAGUGCCAGAGGUCGACAUGCCCAGCUCACUUUACACCGGUCAAGACUGGGAGCCCCUUCAUGCCACAACUAGUAAUAAUGACUUUGAGCCGCUCUGCACACCUGUUGUGACUUGCACUCCGGCCUGCACAACCUACACGUCUUCGAUGGUGUUUACCUUCCCAGAGGCUGAUACCUUCCCCACUUGUGGCGUCGCACACAGGAGGGGAAGCAACAGCAAUGAUCAGUCCUCUGACUCCCUGAGCUCACCAACCCUGCUGGCCCUUUAAAGACAAUAAUUCUUCCUAUCAGGCACAUUCUCACGACUUGAGAUAGAUGUGCAGAUCACAGGGCUAUGGGGCAGACUUGUAACACAAAGUAACUUAUAUUAUAAUUCAUCUGCCUUUAUUUAUACUUGCCUAUUACACCAAUGUAGCAAGUUAAAAAGCAUGUUUUAACUACUACCACCUAGUCUUUCUAUAAGUUCCUAUAUGAUUUCAUGGUGCUAGAUAACAAAACAUAUUGUGUAUGUAUAUGUGUUCAGAGCAAUAGCUAUAAUUUGAUCUGGUUUGUUUUCUGGUUAGUUGAAUGUGAGAAUAAUCGUGAACUUUUAAAACUGGUGUGUUUUGUCUUAACCCUGGUCUGAGUGGUCUAUAUGAGUAUGAUGUUUUCUGUGAAAACAUUAGUGUAUUUAAUUUAUGAAAUUUCAAUUUAUUUUUUUUACAAAGUAAAGACGAAUGUUAUGUAAAUAAAAGAUAAUAUUUAAAUCCA